AUGCCCGAGUACUCCCCGGUCCUUCCUGCUUUUCUCACAUCUCUUCCAUCACUGCUCGCCCGAAGUACCAUCGGUGCUCUGGUUGUGGCUGGGAUUCUUCUCAAGGCGACCGGGUGUCGGGUGAUAAUGAUAUGUGCUGGCCUGUACGCCGGACUCUACGCCUACGAGCGCCUUUCGUGGACCAAUAAGGCGCGCGAGGUCGUUUUCAAGUCGCAAUACGUCGAAUACGCGUCGCACAAACUGCGCCUCAUUGUCGAUCUAACUGGCACCAAUGCUCGUCAUCAGGUGAAGCGUGAACUGAAGCAAAUGCAAAAAAGUCUUGCGAGUGAAGGAGAAGGCGCCGUCAAUGCCGUCCUUAGCGAGUUGUCCCAGUUGGAUAAGGAUCUCAUCACUCUCGAUAACAUUACCACGUCCGCCAAGACUCUCAAAAACGGAGCAGUUUACCUGGACGGAUGUCUGGACAAAUUCAACAAAGAAUACAUCAACCCCACAUGGAGUUAA